AUAGUCGCCUUGUGUUUCUCUUUAUUGUCAACAAAAGAAAGCAAGGCACUCAGUAUUUUCAAUUCAGAGCGACGAAAUGUCGAAAUCAGACGGAAAAUCAGGAAACAUAUAUCCAACAGGACCAACCGAGACUGGGUUUGUCAAUGACAAUUUCCAAAGAGGCCCACCUCCCCCCUCAUAUGAAGAGGCACUCAGAAUGUCGACAGCACCAUCAACGUAUGUCCAAUCCCAAUGUUAUCAACAACCAACUCAACAACCCUAUCAAUUUCCAACUCAACAAACCAUGACGUAUGCACCCUCUGCUGGGCCAAGUUCUUCAUAUGGCUACGUUAAUCCGUAUCCAGCUCAUAUUCAACAACAUCAAAAUUAUUAUAACACAGGAGCCACUGCAAAUGUGAGCCACAUGUCCCCAAGUCAUAACGUUUUAGAAUUUCACAAGCGUGCUGAAUUAAGAACAACUGCAAAUGGAGCCAUAACAGUUCCCCCACCACCACCAGGCUGUGCACCCACACCAGCCCAAUUGGCUGCAAUGUCUGGACAACCAGUUAUGAUUAAGAAAAAGAAAAAUUCUUUCUUUUAAAAUUAUCGUUCAAUGUAUUUAUGUUUCAAUUUCAGUAUAUUAUGUAGUUACCUCUUAUAUAUUAUCCAUAUACCUCAAACAAUUGAUUAAAUGUUGAAUAAAAUGUUAUUAAAGGCCUUGGAA